ACUCUGUUCCGAGCAAGCUGUGCGUCGCCGUUGGCCGCGCCUCUGCUUCCCCGCACUCCGGCCGCCCUGCGCUCUCCUCCGCCCGAGCUCCUAGCUUCCCGCCGCCCGCACCCCACCUGCGCAGAUGGGCCGAGGGAAGAAGCGGCGGCGGGAAAAUGACUCGGAGGCGCCGCGGACGAUGCACCCGCGGAACCGCUACGCCGCCGCGCCGCCGGACUUCGCCGCGCUGGCGGCGCUCUACCCGUCCUUCGCCCCCUUCGUCUCCGUGCCCGCGGGAGGAGGCCGCGCGUCCGUCGACUUCACCGACUUCGACGCCACGCGCGAGCUCACGCGCGUGCUCCUCCUCCACGACCACGGGAUCAGCUGGUGGAUUCCAGAUGGACAGCUUUGCCCUACUGUUCCAAACAGAUCCAACUACAUCCAUUGGAUUGAGGAUCUUCUCUCGUCCAAUCUCAUACCACCCAUAUCCAGCUCAAGUGAGAGAGUGAGAGGUUUCGACAUAGGCACAGGUGCCAAUUGCAUCUACCCUCUCCUCGGGGCAUCUUUACUGGGUUGGAACUUUGUUGGAUCUGUUGGCCUUUUGUUUGUAGAUGUAACUGAUGUUGCUCUCGAAUGGGCUAAGAAGAAUGUGGAGAGCAAUCCACAUCUGGCAGGUCUUAUUGAGAUAAGAAAUGCAAAUGAAGCACCCUGUUGUUCCAAAUCUGAAACAGUUGACGAAGAACCAAUCAGGGAGAACACUUCAGAGGCAGUGGACAAUGUGGUGAGGUCAAUACCACCUAUUCUUGUGGGUGUUGUGAAGGAUAAUGAGAGCUUUGACUUCUGCAUGUGCAAUCCACCUUUCUUUGAGAGUAUGGGGGAAGCUGGUCUUAAUCCAAAAACUUCGUGUGGUGGAACUGCUCAAGAGAUGGCUUGCCCUGGUGGUGAGCAGGCCUUUAUAACACAUAUAAUCGAAGACAGUGUUUCCUUUAAAAACUCCUUCAGGUGGUUUACAUCGAUGGUUGGCAGAAAAACAAAUCUAAAAUUAUUAGCAUCAAAAGUUCGUGAAGUUGGGGCAUCAGUUGUGAAAACCACUGAGUUCGUGCAAGGACAAACGGCUAGAUGGGGUCUUGCAUGGUCAUUCAUUGCUCCGAGAAAAAUGGUUAUAAGAGCCAGCAUACCAGGAAAAGUUCACCAUUCUUUCAUGCUUCAGGGUCAUCGACACAUAUGUGGUGCAUUCAAGGUGCUGAAGUCAGCUGAGACCUUUUUCUGUGCAUCUAAUCUAUCAUGUAAAACCGAUUCUGUGUCAUUUUCUAUUGAUGUUACAAUACCAGAUGAGCAGACUCAGGCUGCAGUAUUACAUGGUGAUGACUUUCCUGGUGCUGUUGAAGACAACUCUACAAAGCCGCAUAGUGCUAUUACAGGAACAUCCUUUCGUAUUUCGGUGUUUGAACAGAUUCCCGGCACACUACUAAUCAGAGGUUCAUUAUUGAAUAAAGCACUGUCAGGUACCUUCUCAUCAUUGUUCUCGCAGCUGGAGGACACUCUAAAGGAGGAAUUCUGCCGUAAGGCCCGGUAGUUGAACACCUUCCACCCUCUGUUAAAACUUGAUGAUCAGGCUAUCAUGCUUUGGGAUGACCGCGGCUUGAUCUAACUCUUUCUGACGCCGAGAAACAUGAAGCUUGGGAAUCAUGAGGCAGCAAUGGUCUGGCCGGCAGCCACAAGCAGCAGGUUGGCUUGAGCAUGGGUUAGCAGUAUUGCUUUGGGCCUCUCUGCUGCUUGCCCGAAUCUGGAAAAUGACUCGACCGCGCUGUUCGAGAGAACCCUUCUUUUUCUCCCCUUUUUCCUUUUCCAUAUUCUGCAGUGACACCCAUAAGAAAAAUUUACCCCUCUUUUCUGUAUGACAAUGGCUGUGUGCCACUCUUGGAUGCUGGGAGCUGUAUCCACACCUAUGUAGUACUAGAAGAAAUACACCGUGUUUGGCUCCUUUGAAAUGACGCAGGGAAACUGUCAUUUGCAGUACCCCGCAAAAAAAAAAAA